AUCUGUUCGUGUAAUUUCUCGAUCUACAGAAACCUGCCCCUACCUCAGGGGGCUACGCUUUCUCGAAGCAACCAGUCGUGAUGGGCCUAUCCGCCUCAUCUCAUAUACUAACCAACGCCCUCCAGCGUAUGCUCUUCGGCUAGGACGGAAGGAAUCUUCGGUAGCAAAGCUGCUGUCCUCUUUCCAAUGGAGGAUUAACUAUGCCUUCCCUCUUUUCGUCAAUGUUCUCAACCCGAACCGAACGAGCACUCAUAUUUUCUCCCCUCGCUUUCCGACCUCCCAACCCAUCUCCUUACACCAUCCAUGGGUAUUCAUCAUCACUCACUGCUCGUUUAUAGACAAUAUCUCAUACUUACGAGCUAGUUUUCGUUAUCCAGCUGCUCCCCAAAGUAUCCCCUACGAUCUGGUUCCGAAUUUCCCACCUCUCUAGUCCCUAAUCUACUACCGCCAUGGUUGGUCUUCGAAAACUCGCUCUUUUGAGCACCGCCGUGCUCGGAAUCGCCGCUGCGAACUUUUGCGAUCCGCAUAAAAGGGAUAGCCCAGGCGUUCUUACUGGUCGAUACAUCAUCACUCUCCAGGACGGAUUAGACGCGUCCGCCGUCGAGCAGCAUAUGCAACGGACUGUCGGCUUGCUUGGCCGUGACAGCCCACUGGAUCUCCGAGUUGACAGACAAUGGAACAUCGGUUCCUGGAACGCCUACUCCUGCCGUGUGAACAAUCACACUCUCGCCCAGAUCAGCAAUGACGACGCCGUGCAGUUUGUCGAGCCUGACGCCACCGUGAGCCUGACGAGGCAUGUGUUACAGGAAAAUGCCACCUGGGGGCUGGGCGCCAUCUCCCAUAGAGUGUCGAAUUCCACUGACUACGUCUACGACGACAGGGCUGGCUUUGGCACAUAUGCUUACAUCCUCGACACCGGGCUGCUAACUACCCACCAAGAAUUUGAGGGCCGUGCCGUUCUAGGCCACAACGCCGUGGAGGGGGAAUUCGUAGACGACGUUGGGCACGGGACACACGUUGCAGGGACCAUUGGCGGCCAUACGUACGGCGUUGCCAAACGGGCAACUCUGAUCUCGGUCAAGAUCUUCACCUCAGGGGUGGGCCGCCUGUCCGACUUCCUCGAAGGUUACUCGUGGGCCGUCAGGAACAUCACCGAGGAAAAGCGCGAAGCGGUGUCUGUCAUCAACAUCAGCGCCGGCAUGAGGGCCCAGGACUCUGUCAAUCGGGCGGUCGAGGAGGCGUAUAGAAGCGGCGUCGUGACCGUCGUGUCGGCCGGGAACUGGGACGGCGACGCGAGAUACUGGUCCCCGGCCUCGUCGCCCCACGCCGUCACCGUCGGUUCCAUAGACGAGGCCCGCUCGCGUUCGGUCUUCAGCAACUGGGGCAACAGUGUCGAUAUCUUUGCCCCCGGCGAGGACGUCGAGUCCGCUUGGAUCGGAAGCAACACUGACACUGCCGUCCACAGCGGCACCAGCAUGUCGGCGCCUCACAUCUCCGGCCUGAUCCUAUACCUAAAGAGCAUCAUCCCUUACCGGGUGACGACCCCCGAGGACACCGUCAGAGAGCUGCAGAAACUGGCGACAUCCGGCGUCGUCCUCGACCCCAUGGGUUCCACGAAUUUGGUCGGCUUCAACGGAAACGGGGUGGUUAUCGCCUCGGACGAUUGAGCAUCGGGGUAUUCUGGCCCUACACUUCUUACCCACAUUAUUAUCUUGCGGGAAUGGUCUUCCCUACCUAAGGCAUGCAUGGAGGUUGGACUGUACCGGUGAACGGACCUACAAACCUCGGCAGGGCAUGUAAACCUCUAAUACCGACGACACAGAUGCAAGGCAGCCCUAGUAACCACUACCAGUAUUAUUCAUAGCUCAGUAAUAACAUAUCACCCCUGUCCUAAACUUCCCCUGCUAAAAUCUGCGCGUCAAAACACACCAAUCUUCCGUCUCCUCCCUAG